UUCAAUUCAAAUACAUUUUCAUAACUUUUAGCAAUUGAAAAUCUCAAAUUAAAAAGAAAAGAUAAGCCAUUCAUCACAUUCAAUGGAAACCAAAGUUGCUGGAGCUACUAGCAAUCGAUUGUAUGAAGAUUUUGAACCAUACUGCAAAUGGAUCACAAAGGAAGGACAAAAGAUUCUAGAGAUUGAUUUGAAGGGUUUCAAAAAGGAGCAACUUAAGGUUCAAACCAACAAUAAAGGGAUCCUAAAAAUUUAUGGAGAAAGAACUCUUGGUAGUAAGAAAUGUAGCCGUUUCCACAAAGAAAUCAGGAUUUCAAGAGAUUGUGAUGUGAAUGGGAUUCAAGCAAAGUUUUCUCAAGGGAUUCUUUCUAUCAUAAUGCCAAAAACUGAAGUAUUUCAACAUACCAAAGAUGCAACCAAAGAGAAACUUUCAUUUUGGGGGGUGCAAGAGAGAAAAAUAACAACCAUUCAAAUUGUGAUGGGAGUAGUGGCUAUGGUUGCACUAGGGACUUAUGUGGCGCGAGUAGUAGUGAAUAAACAACAUUAUGAUGCAUUUGGCAAUGUUAAUGUUGUGAAUGUUUAAUUUGAACAUGAUACAUUAUGCUAAGUAAAUCCACAAAAAAUGAAAAAGAAGCAUAAAUUUGCUUUAUGUAUUAUAUGUUGAUGAGAAAGUGAGCAAGGUGAAUGAAUUUGCUUGUUAUCUUCUUUUAACAUGCUAUCUUUGAAGAAAAAUAAUGCGGAAAAAAGGGAGAAUUGUGAUCAUCUAAA